AUGUACAACCUUCAAGAAACCUUUACUGGUACAUCAGGAACUGAUGUAAGUUGGGCAGAAAAAACAGAAGCAGUAUAUAAAAAGAGAAAAACAACCUCUCAAGGAAAUGUAACUUCAUACAAGGAAUUAGAAAAUUCUGUGGCAGAUAGAAAUAAAGAGCAUUACAUGGAAUCUGGUAACACAGACAGAAGCCAAGGUCAUAUUCUAAAAACAAAUGAUAAAACUAUCUCAGAAACUAUACUAAUAGAAAAGUCAGUGAUGGUAGAGGAAAUGUUGAACAAUAAGAUAACACAAAAUGAAGAUCAGAAUAUGUAUGAUAGAACAAAUAAUGAAACAACUUCAGAAACUAUGUCAAGAGAAGAUAUAGUGACUGCAUAG